UCUUCCGGUACACCAGAGAAAACAGUUUGUAUACCAAGCAACAUGGAAACAUCAGCUAUUAAGAUCCUGAUGAUGAUGAUGAUGAUAAUUCUCGGCGCCACUUCAGCAAGAAAUCAGAAGAACCAAGGCUCUCCAAAAUUUAAACAACUGUUCUGCAACUCAAAAACUACCGACAUCACUAGACAACGGAGGCUAAAUUGUGUUAAGAACAACCUUCCAAGUCAGCUUGCACAAGCAUGGGAAAACUGCAGCGCCACCAAGUUUCCUGGUGCUGAACCACUACAGUAUAUCAAACAGAUGUGUAGUGAUAACAACAAGUUGAAAGAGAUGUUUGUUUGUGUCACAGAGAAACUAGCUAAUGGUGAAGUGAAUAUUGCAUCUCUACAAAAGGGUCUAAAUUUACAGAAACGUCAGAUCAUGGAUCCUUUAACUGUAACACGAGACACGCUAUCUGUCCAGUUCUCCGUUUAUAGUCGCUGAUCUGUAAAUAUUUUAAUUCCAAGUGUUUUCUUAUAAACUACAUAUUUAUUAUCUUUGAUAAAAGUUUCGUAAAUCCAGUUGUUCUUUCUGUAUAAAACACCGUGGUGAAGGUUGUUCUUUCUGUACCAAUGUAAACUAGAAUAAAUUAUAUUACGAACGAUAAA